AUGGUAGCCCCUUCACAGCCACCACCAGAGGUCCUCAGCGUGAAGCCCGUCGUCCCUCCACACGUAUUAGAAUCAUUACUCAGCUACAAAAGCAAGGCCCUGAUCAGCCGAGUGCCCUUAUCCAAGGAGGCCCUAAGGAGGAUAUCUUUCGAGGCUGAGGCGUUGUCGGCUAAGCUGGCCAGUGAGGCUUUGGCCAGCAGUAGAAAACGAAGGGAGGCAACUAUAGCUGAUCACGACAGCGAGAUGGUAUCAGAGGUGGAUGCCGCCGAGGAGGACGAUUUAAUGCGAGCUCUGGCAGGAGGAGAGAAGGAGGCUCUCUCUGGAGAGCAACGGGUGACCCUCGAGGACGUCAUUGUUGCAGCCAAGGCCCUGGGGUUGGCCUUACCGUUGCGGGGUUGUGCUGGAUCCUGA